AUUCAUUCUUCUUGGCUCUUGACAGGGAUACGUUUCAAAAGUAUUCAUUCGUUCUGUGUGUCUCACUGCCCGCCGAUACGUCAGUCAUUUUAAUGCCUUGUUAGACGAUGCCCUUCAAGUACGCGUGCCCUGGACAGGGUCCUCUCAAGCCCCUGGAAACUUUCUGCCCCCGUCGGAACUUCUGUGCUUGGCCCGUUUGUUCUCGGAAGUGGCUUCUGCUCGGGGACUUUGUGGCCACAUUGUGGUGUGACCACACUGAUUCCAAGCUGCAGGGACUACAGUCAUGAUGGUACAACAGCAGGAGGGAGCUUGAGCACGAGGACCCGGCACCCAGGCCAGACACCGUGCAAUGGCCAGAGAGUGAACUUUCCGCCUCAAGGCCGCCUCCAGCAGCUCCACGUUUUACUCCUUACACCUGUCAGCAGUCACCACCUGGCUUCAGGCGUUCUGGACAAGUGGGUGACCUCACGAUUCCACUUCUAUUGUUUGUGCCGAUGGCUUGUCAUUUGCAGUAUCUCCCAACCCACAAUAACGCAUGGUAACAGGCAUCGGUGUUCUUCUGACCGAAGUCCUCAUUUAUCGACUAUGGAAAUGGAACAGGAGAAGAUGCACGUGAGCAAGGAGCUGUGUGCGGAGUCUGCUGCCUACUGCUGUUCCGCCUGCCAUGGGGACGAGACCUGGAGCUACGGCCACCCCAUCCGGGGCCGGGCCAAGUCCCGCAGCCUGUCCGCCUCACCCGCACCAGGGAGCACCAAGGAGUUCAGGAGGACACGCUCUCUACACGGGCCCUGCCCGGUGACCACCUUUGGACCAAAGGCCUGCGUGCUGCAGAACCCCCAGACCAUCAUGCACAUUCAGGACCCCGCGAGCCAGCGGCUGACGUGGAACAAGUCUCCCAAGAGCGUUCUGGUUGUCAAGAAGGUCCGCGACGCCGGCCUGCUGCAGCCGUUCAAGGAGCUCUGCACGUACCUCAUGGAGGAGAACAACAUGGUCGUGUAUGUGGAAAAAAAGGUGCUAGAAGACCCUGCCAUUGUAAAUGAUGAAAACUUUGGGGCAGUGAAGAAGAAAUUCUGCACUUUCCGAGAAGAUUACGACGACAUUUCCAAUCAGAUAGACUUCAUCAUUUGCCUGGGGGGGGACGGGACCCUGCUGUACGCUUCCUCGCUGUUCCAGGGCAGCGUGCCUCCAGUCAUGGCUUUCCACCUGGGCUCCCUGGGCUUCCUGACACCGUUCAACUUUGAGAACUUUCAGUCCCAAGUCACCCAGGUGAUAGAGGGGAACGCAGCUGUUGUCCUUCGGAGCCGGCUGAAGGUCCGGGUGGUGAAGGAGCCGCGAGGGAGGAAGGUGCCCGUGCCCAACGGGCUCAGUGAGAACAGUGGGCCGGCCCCCGGCCAGGCGGACGGCGGGAAGCAGGCCAUGCAGUACCAGGUGCUGAACGAGGUGGUGAUCGAUAGAGGGCCCUCCUCAUACCUGUCCAACGUGGACGUCUACCUGGAUGGACACCUCAUCACCACAGUGCAAGGCGACGGAGUGAUCGUGUCCACCCCGACGGGCAGCACUGCGUACGCAGCCGCAGCUGGGGCCUCCAUGAUCCACCCCAACGUGCCGGCCAUCAUGAUCACGCCCAUCUGCCCCCACUCGCUGUCUUUCCGGCCCAUCGUGGUCCCCGCAGGGGUGGAGCUGAAGAUCAUGCUGUCACCAGAAGCAAGGAACACUGCGUGGGUGUCUUUUGAUGGUCGGAAGAGACAGGAGAUCCGCCACGGAGACAGCAUCAGCAUCACUACCUCCCGCUACCCGCUGCCCUCCAUCUGCGUGCGAGACCCCGUGAGCGACUGGUUUGAGAGCCUGGCCCAGUGCCUGCACUGGAACGUGAGGAAGAAGCAGGCCCACUUCCCAGAGGAAGAGGAGGGCGAGGGCUAGCCACGCUCCUGUCCAGACCCGGCCCACGAUCCCGCGUCCUCUGGGCUCUUCGUUUUCCUUUCCUGCCCUCCCGCUCGCCCUCUGGGGACAGACCAAUGUGUGUGAGUGUGUGUGCGUGUGAGAGAGGACACGUCAUGUCUGUUCGUCUGUCGUAAACGGUCACGAGCCGCUGCCUGUUUUGGGGAAGAGCCUGGGUCUGCCUUUUGUUGACCAGAUCAGCUGUUUUUUAACAUUUUAAAUCUGACUUCUAUUUUGCAUUUCUAAUGGGACAAAGUGCGAGAUGGGCUGAGGCCUCCUGUCCCACGAACCCCAACUUGGUCCUGGAGCUGGCUGCCUGCCCCCCGGCUCUGUAUUAAUAAUUCCACGCCAGGAAAUUCCACAAAUCAGUCUACUGAGAUUCAGAGGGUCAGAAUGACUUGAUCUGUCCUUUAAUGUUGAAAAUAAAUGUCUCAGCCAAAAAUCUUCCUUUAGCUGCGAUGCUUCUGCCUUCGGGCACCUUUCCCCGAAACUGCCCUGGGGGGUCCCUAGGCCCACCCAACGGGUCUUGCAGUGAUGGGCGCGGCAGGUUGGCUGUGCUGCGGCCCCGGAGAGGGCUGGGCGCGUCCCGCCUCCCCGUGAGGGUCAGCAUCGAGCGUGGGCUGCGGCCUCUGGUCCCCCCAGGGCCGGCUGGGCAGGGGCAGGCGUCUCGGGCCACACACAUUCCUCACAUAGCUUCAGCUCCCAGGAAGGUAUUUUAAUCCUGUAUAUACUUUUCAGAGAUUCUUUUAAACUUUCUGAAGUGCUGAUGUACAUAUUUUCUUGUACACACUUUUGCGAAAAUUGAAAGGGGAAGAGGAUCGUCCUGCUGCUGCUACGUUUGUUCUGCGCGACUGUCCUCGGGGACCAUUGUGUGCCGAGUGCAGCCUGGUGGUCUGGGAGAGACUCGGGCGCCAUGAGAAGGCGCAGACAGACGGCCAAGGCUUCCGGGAACGCGAGCGGGUGUGCACGGGGCUCCGCGUCUGCCACCUGGGAGCCACACCUGGUCAUCGUCCAGCAGGCGUCUGCUUUUGAGGAACUGCCCUCUGGGUUUUGCUCAAUAAGUCGCCCUUUCGUCAUUCAAUGGGUAAGGACGGGCAGGGACGAGAGCUGCCCCGUCCUGGGCCCGCGUCUGUCGUUUGCCUGCUCGGUGCUUCCCGGAGCCGCUGGUGCAGUUUCCUCGACUUGGGUGUUUAUGACGUGAGCUCACGCCGUCUGGCCGUCAACAGGAGCGUCUGGGCCACCCACAGGCCUGGCUGCCGGCCACCAUCUGGAGCCGCGGAGGGGCCCAGUGUGUGUCCUGUGUCCUGACACAGGCUGAGGGAGGGGGCGCCAGUGUCCGCAGCCUCAAGCCAGAAGAUGGGGGCACUCGGGAUUCCAGUCACUCAUCCAAACAGACAAGCAAAUGUUAAAUUAAGUCCUAAAGCAGCAUGAGAUUGGAAUGAUCUAGAAAAUUUUGAAUUUUUGAAGUAAAUCUUAAUGUUUCAUAUUGUUAAUAUCUUAAAAAUUUGUUAAAUGUUGAAGGCCUUAUUUCUAUUUUCAGACCCUUUAUCAAUAAACAGACUUGUACAAA